CACUCCAGGGAGCCCCAGCUGCGGCAGCUGGGAUUGCCAACGGCGCUAAAGAAAGGAGUGGUGACCUUGGUUUCGGAUUACGAAGUCUGCAAAGAAGGGGACGUUCUCACACCCGAACAAGCGCGUGUGCUGAAACUCUUCGGCUACGAGAUGGCGGAGUUCAAAGUCACCAUCAAAUUUCUGUGGGAUUCUGAGACGGGAGACUUCCAGAAGCUUGUGGGAGACACAGCAGAGGAGAAAGAGGAAGAGGAAGAGGAGGAUGAUGACGACAAUGACAGCAACGAGGACUAA